AUGUCACUGAAUCGAUACGGUCCUACUCCUAUGACCGACGCAGUAAGGUCUGACCGUCUCAUAAGCAGAAUUGAAGACUCAAACAUUGGCUCAACAUCCCUUACAGUUAGCACUAUCAUGGUGCCUCCGAUUAAAUACAAAACCCCUGCAGCUAAACUACAAGCUGAGAGGGCCAAGCGCCAUCGCUACUAUGAAAAGCGCUGUGAUGCUAUUCUGGCGAGACGCAGGGAGUUAUGCAAAGACAGGAACACCCAUGACGAUGGUAAUAACCAUUCAGACGGCGACGAUGAACCAAUCGACACACUGUCUGAUUGCAUUGCCGUGGUUAAACUCGCCAAGGAUGACUUCAUGCAACAUAUCAAAUCUCCGCAAAUAUUCAUUAUCGGCGUCUUAGCUAAAUACACCAAGUCCAUCCCAGACACUCCUGAGGGCCACGGAGAUAGAGAAAUCCUCAAGGACGCUAUGUCAAGCAUCGAAGACUUCCUUGACAGGGCCAGUCGAGGGCAAGAUGGUAUUCUCCAACUAUGCGGAGUUAAUGAUGAGUGGCGCGCAGCAGACCAAGUAUGUCGGUGCAUGAGGGACACCAUCGCUAUGGUGGAAGAUAUUUAUUGUCUUACACUUUGUGACGGAGAUUCUGGGCUCGCAGAAGCUCAUUUCCUUGGAGAGUUGUUGUACCAGAAGUACAAAGAUCAAUAG